CUAAUUACACCUUUGUCAUCCAUUAUCAGAUGACGCCCCUCAUCAGCCAAGCCUGUGACCUUCUCCUGGCUCAUUUAAAACGCUAUGCAGAAUCUGGGGAUGCAUUCGACAUUCAGAGGUGCUACUGUUGUUACACCACAGAUGUGGUUGCCAGUGUCGCCUUUGGCACCGAGGUGGACUCCCAGCAGACUCCUGAAGAUCUCUUUGUGAGACACUGCAGGCGUUUCUUCAAGUUCUGCAUCCCCAGACCUAUCCUGGUUCUCAUCUUAUCAUUUCCAUCCAUAAUGGUCCCACUGGCCUGGAUUUUGCCCAAUAAGAACCGAGAUGAACUGAAUGGCUUUUUUAACAAACUCAUUAGGAAUGUGAUUGCCUCGCGGGACCAGCAAGCCGCAGAAGAGAGGCGGAGAGACUUCCUCCAAAUGGUCCUGGAUGCCCGACAUUCUGCCAGCUCCGUGGGUGUGGAGGACUUUGACAUGGUCAGAGAAGUCUUCUCCUCCACCAGAUGCGAGCUGGGUCCUUCCUGGCAAGGCCAGCCCAGAACCAUGUCCAGGCCUUUGUCUGCGGAUGAGAUUGUGGGCCAGGCCUUCAUCUUCCUCAUUGCUGGCUACGAGAUCAUCACCAACACACUCUCUUUUGCCACCUACCUAUUGGCCACCAACCCUGAUUGCCAAGAGAAGCUUCUGAGAGAAGUGGACCUCUUUAAGGAAAAGCAUGCGGCCCCUGAGUACUGCAGCCUGCGGGAAGGCCUGCCCUACCUGGACAUGGUGAUCGCAGAGACUCUGAGGAUGUACCCACCAGCGUUCAGGUUCACGCGGGAGGCGGCCCAGGACUGCGAGCUGCUGGGGCAGCGCAUCCCUGCAGGUGCCGUGCUGGAGACGGCGGUGGGUGCCCUGCACCAUGACCCUGUGCACUGGCCCAGUCCCGAGACCUUCGACCCUGAAAGGUUCACGGCCGAGGCCCAGCGGCAGAGGCGGCCCUUCACAUACCUGCCCUUCGGGGCGGGUCCACGGAGCUGCCUCGGCGUGCGGCUGGGGCUGCUGGAGGUCAAGCUGACGCUGCUCCAUGUCCUGCACAAGUUCCGGUUCCAAGCCUGCCCUGAGACCCAGGUGCCACUGCAGCUAGAAUCCAAAUCUGCCCUGAGUCCAAAAGAUGGUGUCUAUAUCAAGAUUGUGUCCCGCUGACACAGAAGGCUGCCAGGGGAGGGAGGG